AUGUCGGACUUCAAGGGCUUAUUCCAGACCGUGACAGUAUUUGUCGCAUUUAUCCUCACCCUCUUAUGUCUCUUCGCAGGGACGCAGAAAAGCUUCCUUGAGGAUGUGGAUCUCUUGACGCUUUCCACGCCCUCAGUCAACACCGGCAGUGGAGCCCAGGAUUUCUAUUCCAUCCAUAUACUGUCCUACUGCCAGGGAACACUGAUAACAACCGACGCCGGUGUAGAAGUCACGCGCAACGUGACUGAAUGCUCGAACCGCACGAUUUUGUCCUCAUUCGACCCGACACAAGCCUGGCCGGAGGAGGUCACCUCCAGCCCGCAGCUGGGGUGGCCGCGCGUUAUCAGCGAUGACUUCCACGCCUUUAAGAUGUCGUCCCAAGUCAUGGCCGUGAUGUACAUUAUCGGGGUUGGCGCGAUGGGCCUUGCGAUUCUCGUACGAGUAUGGGCGACUCUCGCUCCGAAAGCGAGCCAGGGCCUGAUUGAAUUUUGGCUGUUCAUGCUCGGAUCGUUUAGUAUCAGCAUCGCAUCCAUAAUCGCCACCGUCAUCGGGUUUGAAUUUGUCGCUCUAAUUAAUGCCCACGGCAAGGGCUCGAACGUAUCAGCCAAGUACGGCGAGAAAUUUCUCGGGAUGACUUGGGCCGCGGUGGGGCUGUUGGUCGCCGGUAGCAUUGCUUGCUUUGCGAAUGCCUACGUUAACAAACGGGCUGCGCCUGGGCCUGCGCCCGUCUCAAAGGACAUAGAGGGGUAA